AUGGUUUCUGAAAAAGCUACUGCAAUAUGGAUCAAAAUAACUAUUGUGCUUAGCAUAAAUUAUGUGCUCAACAAGCAAGCAUUAAUGAAUCAUGGGUCGGUUUUCACUUGGACUAACAAUCAAGCUGGUUCCAAUCGAAUCUAUUCCAAGAUAGAUCAUGUUUUUGUCAAUGAGGAGUGGCAUGAUCACUUUCCUAACACUGCUGCUCGUUUUAGUUGGGAAAGUAUAUCAGAUCAUUGUUCUUGUGUUGUUUCAGCUACAACAACAGAGGCUAUUGGCAUUAAACCUUUUCGGUUUUUCAACUUCUGGGCUAAUCAUCCUGAUUUCAAGAGAUUAGUGGAGCAAAAUUGGAAGAAAUCGUUGGCUAUUAGAGGUCUCAAAGGGAUUUUCUUAAAACUGAUGAGAGUGAAGCAUUGUCUCAAGAAGUUUAAUCAUGAAGUGAUUGGUGACAUUGGGAAGAAUUAUCAGGAAGCGAAGGCUAGAUACAGUGAGGCUAAAUUACAGGCUCAAAAUCACCCGAGAGACCAGUUUUAUCAGGAGCAAGAAUCUAAUGCAGCAGCUAAUUUCGAUGCUCAAGAAAAAAUGUACCAUAAGUUUCUAAGACAAAGGAGCAAAAUUACAUGGCUACAAAAAGGAGAUUCCAAUACCUCUUAUUUUCAUGCAUGUCUGAAGAAGAGAAAAAUGGAGAACAGAAUUACAUCCUUCAUGAAAGACCAAGGUAAAAUUAAUGAGAAUUUUCCUGAAGGAUAUAAGCUUUCUUUAGACGAUCAGCUUGGUUUGCUGAAACCUUUUUCGUAUAAGGAAAUAAAGAGAGCUAUUUUUAGUAUCCCUAAUACAAAAUCACCAGGGCCUGAUGGGUUUGGGUCUGGUUUCUUCAAGAAAAUGUGGUCUGUUAUAGGGGGAGAAAUAUGCGCCGCAGUGUCUAAUUUUUUUGAAACAGGUCUCAUGCCACCUGAGUUUCAUAAUACUUUGAUAUCCCUCAUUCCUAAACAAGAGAACCCAGCUAAAGCAGUUGAUUACAGGCCGAUUGCAUGUUGUUCAACAAUAUACAAAUGCAUAUCAAAAUUGCUAUGCUCUAGACUUGCUUCAGUUCUCCCUUCUCUGGUUGGCCAAAACCAAGGUGCUUUUGUCCAAGGGAGGUCAAUUGCUCACAAUGUGAUGAUUCUCCAAGAUAUUUUGAAGAACUAUAGGAGGAAAAACACUUAUCCUCGCUGUACUAUCAAGAUAGAUAUCAGUAAGGCUUAUGACACAGUGGAUUGGAAUUUCAUUGAAGACCUUCUUAAUGCUUUAAAUAUGCCCAGUAGAUUUGUUCAGCUAGUGAUGACUUGUAUUAGAAGCACUACCUAUUCUCUCCUUAUGAAUGGUAGAAUUCAGGGUGGUUUUCAAGGGGCUAAGGGUCUUCGUCAAGGUGAUCCUUUAUCUCCGUUGAUAUUUGUUUUGAUUAUGGAUUAUCUAACGAGAAGUCUUCUUCACGCUGCUCAAGUUUCUAAAUUCAGAUAUCAUCCGCUUUGCAAAAGUUUGAAGUUAAUAAACUUAUGCUUUGCGGAUGACUUGAUUCUUCUUAGUAAAGGGUCCAAGCAGUCCAUUAGAGUUCUUAGUGAGGUCUUGGAUGAUUUCAGCAAUACUACUGGGCUUCAUAUCAAUGUUAAUAAAUCUCAAGUAUUCUUUGGAGGGGUAGAUCCUAGGGAGAAAGGGGAGAUCAUUAGGGAUCUUGGUUUGGCUGAAGGUGAUUUCCCUCUAAAGUAUUUAGGGGUGCCUUUAAGACCAACAAAAUGGAAAGAGAUUGAGAAACUUUGUAGAGGCUUUCUUUGGGGAUUAAACGGGAAUAGAAGCAGAAUUCAUGUGGCCUCUUGGGAGAAAGUUUGUCUUCCCAAGUCUUUUGGUGAUCUUGGGUUUAAAGAAGGGUCCAAAUGGAAUCAAGCUAUCUUAGCUAAAUACGUUUGGGCUAUCACUGAGAAGAGAGAUCUUCUGUGGGUCAAGUGGGUGAUCACUGUCUAUCUCAAGGGGGUUCCCUUUUGGUCUUAUGAGUUAAAGUUAGACACAAGCUGGUAUUGGCGCAAACUUUGUCGACUGAGACAAAAAAUUUCCUUAUCUGAGAUUUUGAAGGCAGGUUGUUCGGGUAGUUUCUGUUCAUAUGUUCUGUAUAACAGCUCUCUUCCUCCUUCCCAAAUUAGCUAUCACAGAGCCAUAUGGAGUAGUCUCAAUCUUCCAAAGCAUCGAUUUGUGCUAUGGCAGGUUGUGAAUGCUCAUUUAUUAACAAAGGACAACUUGAGUAAAUUUCAUAUAGUCUUAGAUUCCAUGCUCUGUCCUGUUUGUGGUGACCAGCCUGAAUCUCAUCAGCAUUUAUUUUUUAAAUGCUUCCUUUCUAGACGAGUGGUGGAGUUAGUGUUCAAAUGGCUGGGUUUCAGAGGGUGGCUGGUAGAGUUUGAUGGUUGGUUAUCUUGGAUUUCGCUGAAAGCUUCUGGUAUGGUAAGACUCAUUAGCAUUGCAGUUUGUGCAGCAACUUGCUAUUGUCUUUGGCUGAACAGAAAUAGAUGUGUCUUUGAAGGCUUCUCCAAAUCUGAAACUUUAAUUGCUUUUGAUGUUCAGUUUGUUGUUCCUCUUGGUUCGGCUCUUAGUGAGGUGAGGGUGUAA